GCCGGGCCGGGCCGGGCGGGCCCCGCUGGGGAACCGGGCCGUGUGCGGGCGCAGGGGGGUAACGGAAAAGCAACAGAACAAAACAAAACAACCAUUGGAAUGCCAGAGGUCUUCCGCUUUCCGUGAAUGUCUUCUAUUUUUCUCAUACUGCCACCAAAAUCCAGCCCCGAGAGCUGGAUUUCAGCUCACGUUACUCACAUCAAAACCAGCGGUAAGGCCGGCAGAAAAUGCUGCUUGCUGAGGUCUGAGCAGUUCUUGCCGCACCCUGACACCUCCAGGUCUCCGCACCACAACCUGGCUGGUGGCUCCGGCAGCAACUGAAUGCCCACACAGCUUCGGUCACUUGGUCGCUCAUAUAGGUGAGGAUAGGCAAAUCCAUCAGGUUCGACGGUCGUUGCCAUCCAAGAGUGUGGUGAGCGAAGGAGGAAAGCUCCCAAAAGAAAUGAGCAGGGAGUCAGGCACCAUUUGUGAGAGCAGUGCUGGUGGAGGAGCCCUCUGGGACCUUGCUUAGCAAGAGCAGAGCAGCGUGAUACUGAGCACGGUGAACAGGUGAGGACACCUGGGCUGGGCCUCACGUCUCCUACAGGAGAGGGACUUUUGAGAAUUAACUGCAGUUUUGGAAGUUUUCCCCAUUUUUAAAUCUGCCUGAAUUGGCAAAAUGCCUGCUCCGGGUCCAGAACUGUGGAAUUACAUCCCAGAAGAAAUCCUCAUCCAAAUUUUCUAUUAUCUUUCUCUUCGAGAUAGAUACACAGUCUCCCAGGUGUGCAGGCAGUGGGCUACAGCUGUUUCUUCGAGCUCUGUUUGGCAUUUCACGGAGAUCAGCUGUGAUUCGGAGGAUGAGGAAGGCAUGCUGCAGAGCCUGCUCCAGUUCCUCAGCCAAAUCAAACACCUGAAGAUUGUGUUUGACCAGUCCAAGGAGGUCAACAGAAAGAAUGUGACACGCAUCUUGGAUGUGCUGGCAAAACAGAACCACAAACUGCAGCAGUUGUGCAUUGUGUGCCACGGGGAGAACCCAUAUUUCUACUCUGGCCAGGACAUCCUACAGAGCAUACGGAAUAUAUGUGACACUGAAAACCAGAUAGAUCUUCAGCAUAUUGAUUUUCGACAAAUGCCCUUCACUCUUGAUGGUGAGCUUGUUGAACUCUUAGCUACCGCCAACCCAAACUUGCACAGUUUGUUCAUCAACAACCGCACCCUGGUUUGCAAUGUGGCACCAGACACUAUUAGGAAAGUUCUCAGAGCGUGUCCCAAGCUCUCAGCCUUGGGGGUUUACUAUGCCAGUUUGUCUGACGAUGUAUUUCAGGAACUGCUCAAGCCCGAAAGAGCAGCUUUCACCCAUUUAGACAUUUUCUGUGAGCGCCUGGACAAAUAUAUACCAGUCAUCUCAGAAGAGCUCUGGGCUGCUGUAAGUCGAAAGCAUCCUCAACUCUGUGUAGAUCUUGAGUUUGAUCACACAGUCCCUGCCUGCAAAAUACCUCUGAUCCUGAAGCUGAAUAUACCUGUGAGCACGCUGCAACUUAAUACCUAUAACUACAUGGUAAAUCAGAUUAGGUUUGUCACCCAGAGCUACAGUAGUACUUUAAAGAAGCUGACGCUGCAAACCACGUCCUCGGAGGACUUAAAUUCCUCUCUGGUAGAUCUGGCCAGGCAGUGCAGAAAUCUGGUGGAGAUCCACUGCUACUGUGUGGUCAGCCAGGAGGUGGUGGAAGCGUUCCUCACGCACUGCCCUGCUCUGAAACGGUACACGCUGAAGGUCACCAGGGAACGGCACCCUUGGAAAGCAGUAACAGUUCAGUGACCAUCUCCUACUGACCUCCUGGGGAAAUGGUGGGGAUCCGCAAGAGGACAGGGAAAGAAGAUUUAGGGUUAAAAGCAAAACGCUGCAAAAUGCCCUCUGCUCUCACUGAAAACAUGCUGUUUCACCAGCACUGGCUGUUAAAUAUGAUGCAUACCUAUUCUGCAGCACUUUUACACUCAAAUGUGAUAGAGAAACUUUAUAGAAAUAUAGAGAAACUGGUUAUACGGAGAAACAGAAUUGCUGUUUUUAUUAUUUUUAUCUUUCUUAGUUGGGUUAUGAAAGGCAGGUCUUUUCUGCUCUCCUUUAUUUAGCAGUAGCAUGAACGCCAAGUUUACCCUUGGGUUUUUACUGAGGACCUCAGCAAAAUUUAAUUUUGUUUUUACAUUUUAAAAGCACCUCAAAGUCAAGCACACUGUGUCAGGCACCCAGCAACUGGUGAAAUAGUGCAGGAUGGGGCAGCUUCAAUGCAGCCAUGUUCUACCCAGUGGGGUACGUAGCCAUGCAGGUUCAGUGAGCAACGGCAACUAUUAAUAACUGUGGUCACCUGAUGGAAAAUCCACUCUAACCUGGGUAAUUCCUCUUGUGGCAUUUCAGGGAUGGUGAGCUCACCCAUUAUCCAGUUGUCAAGUAGCUUCCAGCUUGGAAGGAUAUUACAGGAGCUGAAUUUUCUUAGUAAAUGCAAGCAGGAGAAAAAGCACUUAAGGAAAAACAUUGACACGGUAGUAAUAAAAGGCACAUGGCCUGAAACUUCCCUUGUCCAUCUUGUCUUUCCGUUGCUCAGGAAUGCAGAUUUCCAGGUCAUAAUUUGAAUGCCUUUUGCAAAGACUGUUGCUUUCAUUUCAUGGUUAGUAUUUCUUAGGAGAAUCAGGAGAGUUAACAGUUUUUGCAUCUGAUACCUGCAUUCACAUGCAAGUUAUCUUGCAUCUGCUUUAGAAUAUGUGUGUGUUGGUCUGUUGUACCAAAGAUUUUGGUGGAUGUUAUUUGAAGAGUGGUUUCUGAGUCGAAAUAAUUCUGGCAUAAAGAUACACUGCAAGCACCUACUUAGAGCUACCAAAAGCAUUUAUAAUAAUAAUAAUAAAGCAUAUUGCAAUCUA